GUUGGAGUCAGAGUCAGGAGUUCAUUGGCUUCGUCUGCAGCACGCGCGAGUGUCGACUGCUGUCGGUCUCUCAAACUUGUUUGGUUGGUUGGAAUAACAGACACCUUGAGGAAUGAACUCUCUGAAAACUGGAUGGUUUAGUGAGUUAAGUGACCUUUGGCCAGGCAUGUGCCUUUCUCUUCAAGUAGAAAAAGUACUGCAUUCUGAGAAGUCCCAAUAUCAAGAUGUCAUGGUCCUUGAAACAAAGAAUCAUGGGAAAGCAUUAAUUCUGGAUGGCAUCAUACAGUGCACGGAGGCUGAUGAGUUCUCGUACCAGGAGAUGAUCUCGUUCUUGCCCCUUUGUAGUCAUCCCAACCCAAAAAAGGUUCUGAUCGUCGGAGGGGGGGAUGGAGGAGUGGCUAGGGAAGUAGCCAAACAUCCAGCUGUGGAGGCUAUCUCUCAGGUGGAAAUUGAUGAGGCUGUGUUGAAAACAUCGCGCCAACAUCUUCCGUUCAUGAGUUGCGGCUUGUCUCAUCCCAAGCUGAGCGUCCAUGUUGGUGACGGUUUCAAGUUUAUGGCUGAGCACCGCAACGCUUUUGAUGUUAUCAUAACUGAUUCUUCAGACCCUGUUGGACCAGCCGUCUCGCUCUUCCAGAAGAGCUACUUUGAGCUGAUGUGCGAGGCCCUGCGGCCAGGUGGCGUCGUCUGCAGCCAGGCUGGUACAGUGUGGGCUGGGCUGGACCAUGUGUGUCGUACAUUCUCACACUGUCGUCAGGUGUUUCCUCGAGCUGCCUACGCUUACACCUCAGUCCCCACCUACCCUACUGGCCAGAUAGGAUAUGUUAUGGGCAGUCUGGAUAAGGAGAUAAAUUUCAAGGAACCUCUGAGGAUAUUCUCAGAAGAUGAACUGGACAAGAUGAAACUGCGUUACUACAAUGCAGACGUGCACCGAGCAGCCUUCGUCCUGCCAAGGUUUGCUCAGAAGGCGCUGGAUGCUGCCUAGUAGUAUCCACCACUUCUCGGAGGCAUGUUGUUGUACCCCUCCCUUCGGCCCGUGUUGUUGUAAUAGCCUACCAACAAACACAAAUGACAAACUGUCGUCUCGGAUCUACUGUUAGUACUUAACAAACCCACCAAUAUAUAUUUUUUAUGUAAUAUUUAAAAUAGAGUAAUAUUUUUAUAACAAAUUUUAUAAAAGGUGUUCGUAACUAGUAACCAGAUAUUCCAGAAGAAUGGACAUUACGAAUCUCGGACCAAAUGACUGAAAGAUGUGAUAUUUAAAAUAGAGCAAGAAAAAAUUGCCGCAAUUGUUAACUCAAUAGGGGUUCACAGGGUAGAUCAAAUAACAUUCCAUUUGUUACGAGAUAAUUUAGUGAUUAAGAGGGUUGAUUAGUUGUAUUUUGGGUUUUUGGAGUUACAUAUUGAUAGAAAUAUUUUCUUGUACAUCUAAUAUAACACGCUCACUAAGUUAUAUCUGUCAGAUGUUUGCUCAAUAAAUAUUAUGAAACAAGUAGAA